AUAUUUUCAAAUUUUAUUUUUCAAGUUAUUUUAAUUGUGUGUACAUUUGUGUAUACACAUACAUAUAUAUUUGUAUUUAAUCAUGAUUUUUUUCAGAUAAAAUUAUAUUAAGUUGAAUAUGGGUAAAACCUCUAAUGUGCUUGUUUUAGGAGGGUGUGGAUUCAUAGGACGUCACCUGGUCACAUAUCUUAUUAAAAAUAAUCUAGCAGAAAAGAUUCGAGUGGCUGAUAAAUCUCCACCUCAGCUAUCUUGGUUUAAUGCAGAACAUAAGGCAGUUUUUGAGGAUCCUCGAGUUGAGUUUUUUCAAGCUAAUCUUGUCAAUCCUGCUCAUGUGGAACGUGUUUUUGCAACAAAUGGUUUUUUAUUUGACUAUGUUAUCAAUCUUGCAUCUGAAACUAGAUAUGGACAAGGAGAUGAGGUGUAUACUGAACACAUAUAUAAUCUUGGAGUGAAUGUUGCAACCAAGUCAGCUUCUUGUAAAGUAAAGCGAUAUAUAGAAUUAUCCACAGCACAAGUGUAUGAAAGUGAUAAGAAAGCUAGCGAUGAGGAAGGAAAGUUAAAUCCAUGGACUUCAUUAGCUAUUUUUAAACUGAAACUUGAAAAGAAGCUGCGUGAAAUUGAGGGGUUAGAUUAUGUUAUUAUCCGACCAGCACUUGUAUAUGGUAUUAGUGACAAACAUAGCUUAACCCCGCGACUGAUAAUUGGAGCUGUUUACAAACAACUUCAAGAAAAAAUGAAGUUACUAUGGAGUAAAGAUUUAAAAAUGAACACAGUUCAUGUAAAUGAUGUUGCUAUAGCUAUUUGGUUUUUAUGUACUCAUGGCAAGAAAGGCGAUGUUUAUAAUUUAGUAGACAAGCAAGAUUCAACACAAGGAAGUAUCAGUGAAUUGGUAUGUCAAAUUUUUGGAAUAAAAUAUGAUUUCUUUGGAUCUGUUAUUUCAAAUGUAGCAAAGUUGAAUAUGAACGGUGUAGUCGACGAGUCAAAUGAAAAGCAUUUGGCUCCUUGGUCUGUUGCGUGUACUGCUGAUAAAAUAGUAAACACACCACUAAGUCCGUAUUUAGAUAAAGAGAUUUUGUACAACAAUCAUUUGCAUAUCGAAGGAACAAAAAUUGAAAGCUUAGGAUUCAAAUACACUAAACCUCAUGUUACAGCAGAAGAUUUAAAGUUGGUUGUACAAGAUUACGUCACUUUAGGAAUAUUUCCACCUUCAUUAGUUGGCUAAUAAAAAAUGUCAACGUUUGCACCAUACACUUUAAUAUUAUUUAUAAUGAAUUUCUUUUUUUUAUAUUAUGACGCGUAGUUAUUAUUAGUUAGUAAUUUUUUUUAAUGAGUGUCGUUAAUUUUUAUGUUAUGUUUUAAAUUUAAAUUUUGUAUUUCCUAAACGAUCUCU